AGGAAGCAGCAUGAAAAGGAAAACAGCACUUUAGAUUGCAGUCUUAAGAUACAACUGACACCUGAGAUUCUUGAGACACACACAGACGAAGGAUAGGACCAUGUAUGCAGUUGUUACCUUGCAAGACUCAGAUGAGGUGAUGGUGGUACCAUCAAAUUGGUUGAGCUCAGACAAGAAACACUGUUACUGGCCUCCAUUCAAAUCCACAGAAAAGUGCAUGGAAGCUGUUCAGAACAAACUUAACCCUGAAACAGAAGGCAAACCAUGGGAGAAACUACGCAUUAGCUUUCUUGGAGAAUAUGACACUUUUGAGAAGGCAAAAGAGGGGCAAAAAGAAAUCAAAGAAUAUGAAGAAUGGUCAUAUCCAUUAGAGACUGUAUUACCUGGAAUAAAAAGACAGAGACUUGAUAGCACUCAAGUAAUGUCAAAUAAUCAGUUACAACCACUUCCUCCAGUAACACCUGCAUCUACAUCCAGAAUGUCAGCUGAUGACAAGGUUGAAAUCCUUCAAAUGCUGAGAGACGUCAAGAGCGAGGUUCAGCAAAACUCUACCAUGUUAAAAAUACUCAAAGACAAUACGGUUUCUGAAGCACCCAGCAGUACAUGCGUGCCUUCAAAAAACCCAAAACUGCCUCUUAGAACCACUGAAGAUGUGGCCAGGACUGAAAUGGAGCUCAAGAACGCAACAACACGCAAAAAAUAUGUAAAAUAUUUGUCAAGGCUUGGAGGUUUUAUGCCGAAGGAUGUGAUUAAGAAUAUUAUGCAGCAAGUCUUAACAGAUGAUCUGGCUAUGCAGUUCAACUGGCUGGGGAGAGGAGAUAAACAGGCCUUCUCUCAACUUAUGUUAACAGAUGUGAUCAGAGAUGCUGCAUUAACCCAAAAUGUAAACAGGGGUGACUGUGAAACUGAAAUAAAAAAAUAUCUGAGUUACGCAGCUGGUCGGAAGAAAAGAGAACAAGGAGGUCGUGGGCAUGAGAUUCCAAAUGUGAUUUCUACCUCAAUGAUGGACAACCAGCCAGAGAGGGAAAUACCUUGGAACAUUUUUGAUUAAAGGGGUCAUGUGAUGCGAUUUCAAGUUUUCCUUUCUCUUUGGAGU